UACCACAGGUAAGAGCUAGAUAAGUGUGAAUGUAACAUUUUUAGUUAGAAACAGCUACAUUGUUUUAAUGAUGUUGAAUGUGUUUUUAGCUCUACAGAGAGCUGAAAGCGUUUCAUCACUUCUCGUCAAUCACAGACAUUCUCUGGAUUUGGAAACUCAUAAUUUCGAAACAAGUUCACAACAAUAUCUAGAAAGGGUGCCAUCAAAACGUCAUCACCAUGAGUGGCCUCAAACUAAAGAAGACGUUGACCAACAUGACUUUGUUCCAAUGGAAAAGCCUCAACAGACCUGUGAAGAAGACUGGUACGUUGGGGCUUGUACUCGAGCAGAUGCUGAGCACGCCUUACACCUGGUGAACAAGGACGGGGCAUUUUUGGUACGAGACUGCUCCAUCAACACCAACAGUGAGCCCUUGGUUUUGGCUGUGUAUCACGAAAAGAAGGUUUACAAUGUAAAAAUCCGGUUCAUCGAGAGCACCGCCAAGUAUGCCCUAGGCACGGGACAACGAUCAAAUGAUAUGUUUGACUCUGUGGCAGACAUCAUCAAGUUUCACACCAUAUUCCCAAUAAUUCUCGUCAGUGGGAGAAAUACUCCCGGAAACAAAUGCCCAGACAACUGUGUGCUGACUUAUCCAGUAACGAAAAGGGAUGUUGACCAGCUGCUGCAAUAACACAUAAAAUAUAACAGCAAAGAGAAUCUGUUCCAUCCCAUCUGGUUUGUCACACUAAUACGUAUGUUACCUACAGUAUGUGACCCAAAACAUCCAAUAACAUUAACCAUGAGCAUGUUCGGAAAAAGAUGAGUGUGUAUACCAAUUGUGAAAGUGUUUGCUUGUGUCAAUAAAAAAAACCUGUUCCAUCUAA